AUGAGCGGCCUCACCAAGCUCGGGCUGGUCCUCAUCCCCAUGUUGGGCUUCUUCCUCCUCGCAUUGGCCGCCGAGAUCCUCUACAUGCUUUUCUACUUCCGGAUUUUCCGGGGGGCCGGCGCCGGAGAUCCCGAGCUUGCCGGCGCCCGCAAGUCUCCGGCAAGGCCCACUUCCAGAGGGCUUCUCCUCUGCAUCCUCCGCAGGAAGAACCAUUCCCGCGUGGAACCCACCUCCGUCGUCGUCAACCCCCUGUACUCCGGCGACUCCGCGAAGCCGCCACCACCGCCGCCGCCCCCCGGCGAGAUGGAGAUGGAGAAGUUACAGCAGAUGUACGCUUCCAGAGCGCUGUUCACCAUCAGGGAGGAGGAGGAGGAGAAGGAAGUUCUGGAGUUGGACGACGGCGGGAGAUCCGUCGGCAGCGGCCGAAGGACGGUGGCGGCGGACGGAGAGGUGGUAGAAGCGACGUUUUCCUUCUCAUCCGCCGGCCUCUCCCCGCCAUUCUACACGCCGCCGCCUUCUCCCCCUUGGCCGCCGGAGGCUGACGGCUCCGACGACGAGCACCGCCCACCCUCAGAAGAGGAGCCGCCCACCCCGAGCGGUGGCCAUUAA